AUGAAGAUACGUUGGUCGGUUAGGCUAGCGCUUUAUGCCGCCGUUACCGUCUUCGUGAGCGCCUAUUACGACUCAUGGAGCGCAACGACGACCAUGCUUGUGCGUUUCGGAGUUUACAAGGAUUCCUGCCCGCCGCCCGUCGCAGCAGGCGAGUCUCAAGCUCAGCCUCAGGAGCAGUGUGAAGAGCAGCUGAAGAAGUUGAGCGGGCUUCUGAGCGUCUUCCGCAUCUCGGAGUUCGUCACCAGCAUCGGCACUGGAGUGUAUAUGGAUCUUUUGGGCCCGAAGAUCUGCAUCAUCACCGCCAUCUUGCUGCGUAUUGCGUCAUGGAUGUUGCUGGCGUACAUGCCACACUACAACUCGCUCAUGAUUGUGGCGUGCAUUCUCUGUGGUCUCACGGUUAACGCGGUGGCGUUCCCCGUCUACACGGCCGCCCGUUACUGGCCGGCGUACCAGGACAUGGCGAUGUGCAUCAUAUCUGCAUGCUUGUCGAUAGGUUGCUUCUACGUCCCAAUCAUGAACCUCAUCAUGUCGCUGAUGCCCGACGCGAACUUGCCAGUGUUUGUUUUCGUGAAGCUGCUUAUCACGCAUCUGCCAUGGUUGGUUAUAUCCGUGGUGAUUUUCCCUAACGACACCGCGCGGGACAUAGCCUCGAACAUGACCCCUGCGAUGGCAGAGAAGAACCAGGAGAUGCAGGUGAAGGAGGAUGCGCCAGACGACUCUUCUUGGAACUUUAAGACUUUCUUGGGAUACAUCAUUCAUCCCGAGAUAUUGGUGCUCAGUGUGGUCUUCAUCCUGAACUGCAUUUCGCUGACAUUCGCUCAGGAAUCGUUCACGCAGAUUUACAUCAACAACACCAUUGCUGAGAACUUCAACGGUAUCAUGCUUCCAGUAUCGUUCGUCUUUUCGCUCGUUUUUAUGUGGGUGAUCAACAGGUACGGCGUGGUUGUGGUGAUGUUGGGCCUCAACAUCGUCUCCAUGGCGAUGCACGCGUUCUUGCUCAGCAACGAGACUGUUACGAGUAUAUUUGCGAGCAUUUGCAUCUCGGUCACGUUCAGUGGCUUCAUUACGUUCUUCUUCAUCUGCCUCGAGCACAUCGUGGACAUCAAGUAUUCCGGCAGUAUGAAGGGCUACCUGACGACGGUCGCAGGCUUAUCGCUGGCCAUAAACCCGCUGAUCAACUACCUGAUUGCGACGUACGGAGGCAUGAAUGCCUGGCAGACCGCUUUCAUCAUCAUAAGAUUUGUGAUGAUCGCCCCCUUCCUUUGGCUGAUGAGACGCGAGAGGAUCCGCAGGCGUUCGGGCUCCAGCGCGGGAGGCAUGCAAACGGACGGAACUAGGCCUGCAUCAAGAGAAGCAAUGGGUAAGUCUCUUGACGGUGCCAAUGCGCAUGGCGUAGCUGACGAGGACCUACUGCCUGUCAGCAUCCGACUGCUGCCAGGGGCCACGGUGCCGCUUACUUCCUAG